AUGCCACCCAAAAAAGAAGUGAAGACCGAGCAGGAUCUCGAGGCGCUAGUCCACAACCGUGGAAUGGCGUUGAGAAACGUGACCCGGAUCCAAACCAUCCUGAAGCAAGCGGAAGUUGACCACACCGAAUUGACUCCAGCUCAAGUGAAAGUGUACCAGCGAAGUGUUGAGAACGCAAAUGCCGAGUUCACCAGGCUUCAUCAUGAAAUCAUUGCCUUGUCCCAACAAGAAAACCGUGAAGAACAAGACAACUACUACCUCCAGUUUGUGGACCUCCACGAAGAAGUGUCUGUGGUGCUUGAGAGUUGGCUCGAAAAGUUUACCGUUCCGCCAGCUCAGCAGCCACAGCCCACCGGAAACCAGCAGCCAUUGAUCAUCCAACCUUCCCUCCCGCGUGCUAUACCAACGUUUGACGGACGGUAUGAGCAGUGGGAGAAAUUCAAGGUGAUGUUUAAGGAUGUGGUUGACAAAGGCAAUGAGUCAGACCGCAUCAAACUUUAUCAUCUGGAGAAGGCUCUCGUUGGGGACGCCGCCGGUCUGAUAGACGUCAAAACUAUCACAGACGGUAAUUACGCCCAUGCCUGGAAACUACUCGACGAGCGUUAUUCCGACCACCGAAGACUAAUCGAUCGGCACCUGGCAAGCAUGCUAGGUGUGAAAAAGUUAGCAAAGGAAUCCUACAGUGAGUUGCGAUCAUUGGUAGAAACCUUUAAUGGGCACGUCGAGAAUCUCAAGUUCCUGGGAAACGAUUUCGCCGAUGUAGCGGAGUAUAUGGUGGUGUUCCUGAUUACUCGUGCUUUGGACGACGAAACCAAGAAGUUAUGGGAAGCGACCAUGAAGAAAGGUGAGUUGCAUGUAUACGACGAAACCAUCGAGUUCCUGAAGGAGCGGGUAUCCGUCCUGGAGAGGUGUCAAACAUCCAGUGAAAACAGCCAGUCCAAGUAUCGGCCACCCACCAAGCCAAACCUGUUCAAGCCUUUCCCAUCGAAGAUAAACACCGCUACCACUUCAGCCCCAGCAGAACAGCGUUGUGAAUUCUGUGCCGACAAUCACUUCACGUUCAAGUGCCCAAUAUUCAACGAGUUGUCGGUCAGCCAAAGGAUCGCCAAAGUGAAGGAGAAAAACGUCUGCUUCAACUGCCUACGACGUGGGCACCGUGUGAGUGAUUGUUCCUCGAAGAAGUCUUGCUUGAAAUGCAACCGGAGACACCAUUCAUUGCUACAUCUGGAAGAGAUGGAUCAGCCACCGAAGAAUAGCAGCGAAAUCAAGCAACUACCAAGCCCAGCAGUUCCAGUUCCGAAGUCAGCUUCAGCAGCUCAGGUUCCGGACCCACCGGUUCCAGCGUGCAAGCCAUCGACCAGCGGCGCGUCCACGAACGCCGCUCAUUCCAACGUUCCAGUGAAGCCAACCAGUCAAGUGUUCCUGCUCACCGCAUUGGUCAACGUUAUGGAUCAAGACCUCCUGCCACACACGUGUAGAGCACUCCUGGAUAAUGGCUCGCAGGUUAGUUUCAUCACGCAAUCCUUGGCCAACGCAUUAAGGAUGUCAAUGAACGAGGUGAGUGUUCCUAUUACUGGUAUUGGUAGUGCAAAAUCCACAGUUAAACAAAUGGGUACCGUCCAAGUUCGCUCCAGAUGCAAUAACUUUAUCUUAUCACUGUCUUGCCUCGUAUCACCCAAAAUAACUGGCCCACUUCCUUCCUUCACAAUCAACAUCGACACUUGGAACAUCCCUGAGGGUAUCCAACUCGCAGAUCCAACCUUCCACAGAGCAAACUCCAUCGACAUGCUCAUUGGCAUGGAUCAUUUCUACGACAUUAUGAAAUCAGGUUACAUGAAGUUGUCUGACGAUCUUCCCGGACUUCAUGAUUCCCACUUCGGUUGGCUGGUAGGGGGUAAUUACUGUGAAGGUCUGAGGUCUGAAAUAGUUCUUCGAUCGCUCACCGUGUUCACCGAUCCUGUCAACAAACUUGUGCAAAAAUUCUGGGAAAUAGAGAGUGUCGCCCCUGAGCUCGUUCCGACCACCGACAUGGAAAAGUGCGAACAACAUUUCUUGGCAACCCACCGUCGUGACGAAACCGGUCGUUACGUGGUCCAACUACCGUUGAAGGACAGCGUUGAGCAGCUAGCUGAUUCUCGUUUUUUGGCAUUACGAAGGUUCUAUCUCCUUGAAGCAAAGUUAGCUCGCAACCCUGAUCUGAAAGCCCAGUACGAUGCAUUCAUCGAGGAGUACGAGUCGCUCAACCAUUGCCAGGAGGUCCAGGAGUCCAACGAUCCGCCCGGUUUGAGAAAAUGGUACCUGCCCCACCACGCCGUUCUUCGCCCUUCCAACUCGACAACCAAAUGUCGCGUAGUAUUUGAUGCCUCUGCCAAGGUCCAUGGAUAUUCCCUUAACGAUGUGAUGAUGGUAGGGCCCACUGUGCAAGCUGAUAUAGAAACGAUAAUUCUCCGAUUCCGCACGCUCUGCUACGUCUUCAGCGCAGAUGUUGGUAAAAUGUACCGUCAGUUUUUGGUGGACCGGAUCCACACUCCGAUGCAACGUAUUUUCUGGCGAACAUCACCUACCCAAAAGCUUCGAGUAUUAGAACUAACCACCGUUACCUAUGGGACCGCCACGGCCCCAUUUCUAGCCACAAGGGCGCUCCUCCAGUUGGCCCGAGAUGAGAAGAAGAAAUUUCCAUUGGCAGCUCGUGUGAUUGAGGAAAAUUGUUACGUCGACAACGCACUGUUUGGUUCCAACGAUUUCCAGGAAGCUGAGGAAACCCAAUAUCAGCUGAAUGCAUUGCUCCAGUCCGGAGGCAUGCAUCUUCAUAAGUGGUAUUCCAACGAUGAGCGUCUUCUUGUUCCCAUUCCACCCGAAGAUAGAGACACGUUCGUAGAUAUCGGUGACAGUGGUGCCAAUAACGUCAUAAAAACAUUAGGAUUGCUAUGGAACCCCACUACCGAUGAGUUUGUUUUCCUAGCCAGUCCGCCUGCAAGCAUUGAAAUUCCUACCAAGCGGCAAGUUCUAUCCACCAUUGCGAAAGUGUAUGAUCCCCUCGGAUUGAUUUCUCCCGUAGUAGUAAUAGCAAAGAUCCUUAUGCAACGUCUGUGGAUUAGCAAGCUUGCGUGGGAUGACAAGUUAGACAGCGAUCUUUGUGCCGAGUACAAGUCGUUCAUUGAGGCGUUGCCAAUUGCCGAGCAAAUCAGAAUCCCAAGGCUUGUUGUUUCUCCAGAAGCUGUGGCGUAUGAGCUGCAUGGAUUUGCAGACGCAUCCAAAAAAGCAUAUGGUGCUUGUGUAUAUAUCCGAUCCCUCUAUUCCAACGGUACCGCCACUAUGAAGUUAAUUUCCAGCAAGUCCAAGAUAGCACCCAUUUCUCCUGUGACUAUUCCUAGACUGGAAUUGUUAGCAGCACUUCUUCUUUGCCGGUUGAUCAAUAAAAUCCAAGAAACUUUGAAGAUGAAGUUCACAUCGACCAACUUAUGGACGGAUAGCCAAGUGGUUUUAGCAUGGUUGCGCAAACCACCCAGUAGUCUCACGGAGUUUGUACGCAAUCGAGUGGCAGAGAUUGUUUCUCAUGAUCAAUUUGUAUGGAGAUAUGUUCGCACGUCAGCAAACCCUGCUGAUACAGUGUCCCGAGGACAAUCUUCCACUGAACUGGCUAGGAAUGACAUGUGGUGGAAUGGGCCGAGCUUCCUUCGCUCGGUGCUGUACGAAGCUGAAAUUCCAGACCUUCCGAGUGACGACGAGAUUCCAGAAAUGAAGCCAACAGUGUCAGUCCACAUCGUGAUGAAGUUCGACGAGUUUCCGGUUCUGACGAAGUUCGAGUCCUUUCGUAAAACGCAGCGGAUUGUGGCGUAUGUUCUGCGGUUUCUGUCCAACUGUCGAAAGAAAAAGGAAGAUCGAGUUAUUACACCUUAUCCAACCAUUCCCGAGCUCCGAGGAGCAAUGAUGAAGAUUGUUGGUGCCGUCCAGGAGCAGGAAUUUUCCCGUGAAAUAGACAAAAUCAAGGCAGGUGAAAACAAUCAUCGACUUGUCAGCUUGAAUCCUUUUCUGGAUAACGGCUUACUACGAGUGGGUGGAAGAAUUCGACACGCUCAACUGCCCUAUAAAACCAAACACCAGCUGAUUUUACCUGACAAGAGUCCAGUAAUUCGGAGCCUACUUGUGGCAACUCAUCGUGAGAACAUGCACGUGGGUGUCUCCAGCGUGAUUACCAUCCUGAGGCAGCAAUUUUGGUUGCUGAACGCAAAGUCGACCGUUCGUAAAGUUAUUAGAAAUUGCGUCCAUUGCUUCCGACUCAGCCCAACUACGAUCGAUCAGCAGAUGGGAGAUCUUCCGUCCUACAGAGUAAACGAAGAACCAGUUUUCGCACAAGUAGGAGUCGAUUAUGCAGGACCUAUCUUUGUGAAGCAGGCGGCUCGGAAGGCUACACCUGUUAAGAGUUACAUUUGCAUUUUCGUGUGCAUGGUGACCAAAGCCAUUCACCUUGAGGCAGUGGAGAAUCUUUCAACCGAGGCGUUCUUGGCGGCAUUCCAGCGGUUUGUGUCGCGAAAGGGUACUCCACACACAGUGUACAGCGACAACGGUACCAAUUUUAUUGGGGCCAAAUCAGAGUUGCAUGAGCUCUACGUGAUGUUCCAGACCGAAGCUACCCAGAAGAAACUAUUCGAGUUGUGCCAAACGAAGGAGAUUGCCUGGAGAACCAUUCCCCCUAGGUCCCCCCACUUUGGUGGCCUCUGGGAGGCAGGGGUGAAGAGCGUAAAGUCUGUCCUGAAGAAGGUCUACCAAGCUGCAUCUCUAACAAUUUUCGAGCUUUACACUCUCUUAUGCCAAGUUGAAGCGAUCCUAAACUCCAGGCCCUUGUACGCCCACUCCAACGACCCUCAAGAUCCUGAAGCAUUAACCCCUGCUCACCUGAUGAUUGGACGUCCACUCCAUGCUGUUCCGGAACCGUCAUAUACCCAAAUCCCAACCAACCGUUUGUCUCGAUGGCAAUACGUCCAACAACUGCGUGAACAAUUUUGGACCAGAUGGUCCAAGGAAUAUUUGACAGAGCUACAAGUUCGAGGCAAGUGGACGCAAAAGCGAGUAAAUGUUAAACCUGGUCUAGUCGUUUUGUUGAAGGAAGAGAAUAUCCCUCCCCAAAACUGGAAGUUAGGCCGUGUAGUUUCAGUGUACCCUGGAGCGGACGGUUUAGUUAGAGUCGUGGACGUUAAAACGAAAUCUGGUACCUAUAAGCGAGCAAUUCAUAAAUUAGCACCAUUACCAAUACUUGACAACCUCACUCCAUCUGAUCCAAACGUUACGGUGAGCACACUUCCCGGGGGGAGAAUGUUCAGUCCGUGCACCGGCAGCGGGCUGAAAUUUGAAGAAGAGGAGGAAUUUGCGACAGCCACGAAGACCACCAAUCAGAGCGCAGCAGCCGAACCAACGCAGAUAUAA